CUGUGCCUGGGCUCUUUUCACCCCCUAGCUCUCCCAGCAACAGCAGCCAGGAGGAACUACUGGAUGACCGAGACCCACUGCUAGUCCGGGCUGAACUGGCCCUGCUAUCUACAAUUUUUGUGGCUGUGGCCUUGAGCAAUGGCCUAGUGCUGGGGGCCCUAAUACGGCGGGGCCGGCGUGGACGCUGGGCACCCAUGCAUGUCUUCAUCAGUCAUUUGUGCCUGGCUGACUUGGCUGUGGCUCUGUUUCAAGUGCUACCCCAGCUGGCUUGGGAUGCCACUGACCGCUUCCAUGGCCCUGAUGCCCUGUGUCGGGCCGUCAAGUACCUGCAGAUGGUGGGCAUGUAUGCCUCCUCCUACAUGAUCCUGGCCAUGACACUAGACCGCCAUCGUGCCAUCUGCCGCCCUAUGCUGGCAUACCGCCAUGGAGGUGGGGCUCGCUGGAACAGGCCAGUGCUGGUGGCCUGGGCCUUCUCACUCCUUCUCAGCCUGCCUCAGCUCUUCAUCUUUGCUCAGCGUGAUGUGGGAAAUGGCAGUGGGGUGUUUGAUUGCUGGGCCCGAUUUGCAGAACCAUGGGGCCUUCGUGCCUAUGUCACCUGGAUUGCCUUGAUGGUGUUUGUGGCACCUGCCCUAGGCAUUGCUGCCUGUCAGGUUCUUAUCUUCCGGGAGAUACACGCCAGUCUGGUGCCAGGGCCAUCCGAGAGAGCAGGGAGGCGCCGCAGAGGGCGCCGGACAGGAAGCCCCAGCGAGGGAGCACAUGUAUCAGCAGCCAUGGCCAAGACCGUGAGGAUGACACUGGUGAUUGUGAUUGUCUACGUCCUAUGCUGGGCACCCUUCUUCCUCGUGCAGCUGUGGGCAGCGUGGGAUCCGGAAGCUCCUCUGGAAAGUGGGUGUGGGUGCAACUAAGGCUGGGGGUGGGGGAGGUAAGGGGCCUGCCCAACACAUCGAUGUACUCUACUUGUUACCUUUAUGCAUGUGGUGUCCCUGUGGCUUGCUAGUGUAAACAAAGGGACACCCUGGCUCCAGCCUGGACUCUCUUCCUCAUAGGACCCCCCUUUGUGUUGCUCAUGCUGCUGGCUAGCCUUAACAGCUGUACCAACCCUUGGAUCUAUGCUUCCUUCAGUAGCAGUGUCUCCUCGGAGUUGCGUAGCCUGCUUUGCUGUGCUCAGAGGCACACCACACACAGCCUGGGUCCUCAAGAUGAAUCCUGUGCCACAGCCAGCUCCUCUUUGAUGAAGGAUACACCCUCCUGAAUAGCUACUGGGCUCUUUCUACUCAAAAACCCUCUGUAGCUCAACUGACUAUCUAGGGUUGGCCCUGAGUGCACCAAGAAAGGGUACCUUGGUUAUCCUUGGUCAUCCCUAGGUGUCAUUGUCCCCAAGUAUACAAGAAGGAAUAUUCCAGGGCUGUAAAGGAACCCUAAAGUUGGCUCCUUUGUUGCUAGACAUGGGAAGCAACUGGGACAGAUGCCUCAAGGUCUGGGAGGAAAAUAGGCAACAAAGGUGCUUGUGCUUCUUACUCUGGCAAGUACCCCAGGUGAGGAAGACUCCCAGGAAGCUGGAAGCAGGACAAGGAUAGGACUAGUAGACCUUCCUGUUAGUCUUCCCUUCUGUCUGUUUCCCUAAUAAAAGUUGCAGUUCAUUUUCCCCAUGGAAAAA